CACCACUAGAUGACGUUGUUGUACCACUGGAAGCCGCGUGUCUCGGAUUCGCGCUGUGAUUGGUCAGUGACUGAACGUCUCGUCCAAUGACAAGACUGUCGUCCGUUUUUUAAAUAGGAACGGAAGCAGCAAACACUCGCUCUGUUUUGAGGUCUGGUGUGAUCCACCUACUAUUGAAAUGGAGAGCUUUUUAAGGUGGAAGCUUGCCCAGAGUGGUGCCACGAUAUUGGGUGGAUCAUCUUUUAAGAAACCUGUUUCCCCUUACCAGCAUUUAAAUUUGCCAGAUCUUUGUUCUGCUGCCUAUUCAAUUGCAGAUGAACCUUUUCCAGAAGUCUCUGGACUUCUUGAUGACACAGUCAGCCAAUCGUUUCUCGCAAAUGAAACAGGAACUGCAUUGCUUUCUUCUUGCAUAUCAUCAGAACGUAGGACAGAACAUACAAAUGAGGAAAUUUCAGUACCAAGAAAUGAUACUGUGUGUGAGGAGUUAAAAAAUAACACUUUUGAUCUAAAACAAGACUUGAAGGAUCAGUCUGAUGCUUGUGUUAAUGCAACUGUUGAACUACACAACAUUAGCGAGAAAAACAAAACUUUUGAAAUUCAGGAGCCUACAGAGGGUUCUGAUGUUAGGCUUAAUUCAACUGUGGAUAUUGCCGUCCCCCUUAAACAGACUGAGUCGGGUAAUGUCACUAUUGAAGUUGUCCAGACGCAUGACACUAAAGAAGGCUCUGAUGCCAGAGCUAAUGCUACUGUGGAUAUUCCUAAUGUGGACUGCACACGUGAUAUAACACAUUCGUGUAGUGAUAACAGUGGGCCUUCGAACAUUACUACAGAAAUGCCAACUGAGAAACAUGAAGGCACCUUAGAUAUUCAACCGCAUGAGCUGGAAAAGGAAAAACAGGAAGGAAGUCUCAAUUCUACUGGAGAUGCUAACAUAAAUUGUCCACUUACAAAGAACUCAGAGGAAACUAAUAUGAAAGUUAAUGUAACUGUUGAAAUUGUGGAGAAGUCUGACAAUGCUUCUCCUCAAGUUUCACUUGAGAUUAAUCAGUCAAGCUCACCGACUAAAAUGCCAAGUGAUGGGACUUUUAUUAAACCUAAUACAACCACUGAAAUUGAGGGUCCUGUUUUAAAAGAUACCACUAUAGAAAUACAGUGCUCAAGCACAGAAAUGACAAGACAGACUCGUGAUGGCUCUAACUCGGUUAGCAAUAAUGCUGAAACGCACUCGAACAACAAAGAGACAGAAGUUGAGACAAGCACCACAGCUUUUGUUUGCUCUGUAGAAGCUCCCGCUGACUCUCCUGAGCUUAAAAAAGAGGAACACUACAAAAAGUCAGAUUUAUCAGACAGCAAAUGCAUCCCCAGCUCGGACGCAGAAAACAUCAGCAGAAACAGUCUUUUUUGUCUGGAUGAUACUCUGGACAUGAAGACCAGCUUUUUGGUCACAUCCACACCUAUCGUCUUUGGCAAAGAAUCAAGGUUCGAAAUACUGAGAGACACAAAGCCCACACCUAUGAGAAAAAGACUGUCUGUGAUCAACAGCAUUGAGGUACAUUCAAAUGAUGACCUUGUUUGUGGGAGCCGUCACGAUGAAACUAAUGCAGCGCAGGGGGCCGUGAACUCAAGUCGGAGUCUGAAGGUCUCGGCACAUGGCGCUUCCGGUCACGGUACAUCAGAACCAGCGAAUGAGAACAAACCUCCUACAAAACCUCCAGUCAGAAGACAGCUACCUCAGCUUUCCUCUAACCGCAAUCAUCCAAAAUCCAGCCUUCCACCAAGGGCGUCAACCCUGAACUCAUCGGUAGCAGUCAGACCGAAGGCCACCCAGGAGCCUCAGGUAUCGCAUCUGCCUGAUGCAUCAUCAUCUGCUCAACUUGGCAACAAGAAGGCAGGACAGCUGAACAAAGGAAAGAAUAUUGGAGCUGUUAGGAAUAUCGCAUUAGCCAACACUGUUAAGACAUCUAUGACAUCAUCAGUCUCUGGAUAUAAUUUUACAGCAGUUUCAAAACCUCCAAGCUCCAGUAUACCUCAAAUGAAACCGUCAGGGAUACAGCCCCCAACCCGAAAACGAUUGGCCCUCAAGACACCACAGGCUGCACGAUCCUGUGUAGAAAGCAUUCAGCCUCAGUACAGUAAUAAACCAACAGGAUUGCCAGGUAUGAGGACGAGGAGCUCACUGCUUCCCAGUCUUGGCCAAAAGCACUUGAAUAAGGAUGAUUUGCCCUCAGCAAAGAGAAAACGAAUUGCAGCACCUACUACUCCUCCUACCUUAGAAAGUGAUGCUGUGCAACCAGCUGAAGCAGCACAUGACUCAGAAUGUGUUAAUUGUUUGCAACAUCAGGCAAAACUUGAGAAGUUCCUUCAAGAAUUACUGAAAUUGCGGUCAGAGUGUAAAAACUGGGGACCAUUGCAUGAAAAACUUGAGAUGUGUGUAGAAGAAAUGAAGAGAAGUUAAGCCG